AGUUGUGAUGGGACAAGAUACCUUUACAUCACUAUUGCACACAUGGCCGACGUAAACAUGUUUGACAUGUUUUCAAGUCAGAAGAUAGUACGUUAAAUUAUUAUGUGAAGUUUCCAGAUAUUUAGCAUAACGUUUGAAAUUACGUAAAUAAACAACAUCACUAUGUGAAACAUCAACAACUGAAGUAACCCAUGGCCUGUUAAUUCAAAAACCGACAUGGAGAACUUUGAAAAAUUUGGUUCAUUAGGCAAAGGCUCACGGAAUAGUAAACAAAUAUCGAAUAAUAACCAAUCGCAGUACUCCUCACAUACAGAGGGUGAUAGUUCUUAUAUGUACACAGCUAAAGCACAAGAUGCAAGUUUUUCAUCACCACAAUCAACAGAUUUCGCUUCAGAUGCGAUCAGUUCGGGUCAGAGUGGAAGGAUCUCUGCCCAUAAUACCCGGCGCAUCGACAGACCUAAUGAGAACAUCAAGCUGAUGCCGUUUAAAGUCAAAGAUGUUAUGCAAAUGAUCAACAACAAUCCGGCGUACAGGGACAAAUCUCCUGUGAUGAUCAACAUGAAGGAACAUGAUAUUGACCGUUUGAUUGAACAGCAGCGAAAUGGAAACCUCAUGAGGUUGGGAGCGUCACCACAGCAGUCUUUGAAGGAGUCAAUUCGAGAAAGUCCAAUGUCAAUGUCAAUGAGACAAUCUGAAGAAGAAAAAUCUAGUCAAAAAAGUCCUGCCUCGUACGGAAUAAUAUCGAAUGAUGAAGUCCUUCGGUCCUCAAGAACUUCGGCUAAACAAGCGCCCCAACCGAGAAAGCCUCCUCUGGGGGAAGCUCAGACACAGCAAGUAUUCGCAAUGACUGGAGAAGCUGUCGGCUCAAGAGGAUUCAGAGUACAGAAGUCACAUAAGAGAAAACCAAGAGCCAGAUCAAGAAAAGUCACUCCUGUAAGAAGACCAAGAUCGAGAAAACGUCCACGAUCUAGGGUAAGAAGCAGAUCGAGACGACGAAGAUCGAGACCUACGAAGAUUGUUCGAGCUCGUUCAAGAAGAAGGUCUCCUGUCGUGGUUAAAAAACGCAGGUAUCUUCCUGCCAUGGAUUAUUGUUGCAAUCCCUAUCCAAUGUGUGACAACACCUGCACAGUGACAUUUCCAACUGCUAGAUCGUAUAGGUCCCCACCCUAUAGGUCCCCGCGACGUAGAUCCCCGCGACGUAGAUCUCCUCCCGCUAAAUACAUACAAAGUAGAGCAGCCUUGGGAAAUCCAGUACCGUCUAGGAAUAGAAUAUUUUUAAGGGACCAAAGUCGUUCUGAAAAUAGACCAGUCAUUAUGAACCCAACAUAUUUGCCGAAUGUGCUAGGGGUAACGCAUUCAGGAAUGUCAAUUACUUGUGAUUGUAAUCUCUGUGAGGAAAAAUUGCAGUUCAUUCAGCCCGGGAUAUGUACAAAGAGGAAGGAUAUAUGGACCAAUGAGUACGCGAUCAUUCCAAAAAAACAAAUUAAUUUAAUCGAUCCCUGCGAAGAGUUGGAUCCCUUGAUUUAUCCACGAGCAGACAAUCCGUGUAUCCGAGACGGUCAUGGAAACCCCCUCACAGACUGUAUAGGAAGACCUCUAAGAGAUCCCGUUGGUAAAAAGUUUCUAAGUUUCUCUGCUGACGGUAGCGUACUGGAUACUAGUGUUAGGGGAAACUUUUACACCGGGCAACCUCCACUUUGUGUGAAAUGCCCACUUCCCACAAAUACUUGUGCUCCGGACGCGACACACAAUUGGUGGAUGAGCUGCGGCUAUCCCGUCCAGCCAGACAUGAGCCCCUUUUACCGACAAGUUCUAGCGACAGACCAUUUUCAACGGAGACUAUAAUAAUAAAAUUUAUAAUGUAAACUUGUACUAAAAAUUAAACAUAUGUGCUUCAAAA